UUUCCGUUCGAGCUGACAGGUAGCAGUAAAAACGAAGGAAUCACAUUUCAGGUCGGCCUAAGGCCUCGUUAUCGUGGAUUAGUUCGUCUUUGCCACACUUCAGAUAAUUACGGUAUGUCCAACCACGUCUGAAGAAGCGUACUAAACCUUCAUUGGCAGAGACUUGAUCGAAAUGAGCUCCACUGAGCAUCAACCGGUGCUUCAUGUCUUAGUCGUUGGAUUCCAUCAUAAAAAAGGUUGCCAGGUUGAGUAUUCGUAUCCUCCACUUAUGCCAGAUGGUGAUCCUCAUUCUAACGAGCUUCCAUCCCAAUGGAAACACCUCCCUUCGUUGGCGUUACCGGAUGGAUCCCACAAUUUCGCACAUGACACGACUUACUUUCAUUUACCCGCUUUGGACAAUCCGAGGCGAACUAUCUUUGCCAUAUCCUGCUAUCGACAGAUUAGUGCAGACUCACUGGUCAAUCGGACAUCCGAUAUCACCCGGGGCUCUGUGCAAAAAUGCGUAUGUGUCUUAAGUCGACUUCCUUUGUACGGGCAGAUUCAGGUCAAGAUGUCUCUUAUAACGGAGGCUUACUUUAGGGAGGGAGAUUUCACCCGAUUGGAUCUCAUCCAUCAGACGUAUGAUAAUUUAAAUGCCUGUCUCUCGGACGAUAUGCUACACACUCAACAGCUUUAUGUGGGUCUUUCGGCCAGGGAGUUUGUGCAAAAGUUCCGCCAGAAAACCCUGAUUUUGUUCAAGUUGAUGCUUUUGGAACGCAAGGUGUUGUUUAUGCAAUCGCCAGUGAAUGAAUUGUGCACCUUCUUCUUAACAUUAUUGUCACUUCAUCCGGGAAUGUUGGAGAAAGGGCUGAACGAGGCUGCUAGAAUGGUCCCUGUGGAUACGCCCCCAAGUAUGUCGCCUAUUCAAGAUGAAGUGCCAGACAACUAUGACCAUGUAGAUGACAAGAGCAUCCAUUCCAAAGGUUCUGAGGAGGAUGUGAACAGUGUGGCAUCGGCCACUAGCUCCAUUGUCGAGAUUGCGGGCGAGCGCGUGUCUAGUGUUCGAAGCCGGAUAUCUGAUGCCUUCGGGUACAUGGCUGGACAAAAACCGAAUUCCACCGAAGCGAUUGCCAAAGAAUCCCCCAACGACGAGUCAAUACCACCCACGUUGCCCGUUGAAGAGGCUGUCAAUUUGCCCAAUUUUCAAACCGUGGCGAAUUUGCCCAUGGAAAUGUACGGGCUGCCGCUGAAUAUAUUCACGGGAGGAAACCUGUGUCACCCGUAUCUCUCGUUAUCGUACUUAGACGUGCUCGUUCAACCCAGUAUCCACGGGUACAUGAUUGGUGCCACCAACAUUCUCUUCAGACAGAAGAAAGGCAUCGCUGAAGUGGUGAUCGACAUUGAGAAAGACAAAUUAGAUAUCUUGGACCCAGAAUUGAAACGGGCACUCACGCUCACCACGGAAGACCUCCGAUUCAUUGAUAAUGUGGUUAAGCACGCAUCUGAAGGGAACAAGGAUGUGUUCCUGGAUCAAGUUGGAUGGGAAGGAGGAGACGAAUGGGUUCGUGCCCAGUUCCGAUAUUACAUGGUUUGCCUGCUACGCACAAGCCUUGAGUCCCUGACUCAACACCAAAGUAAACCCCAGGCAGAGGGCACCCCAGAGUCCGUUCGUCCUUGUCUCAAUCAUUUCAAUCCCUCUUUCAUUCAACAGUGGCGAAAAACCAAAAACUAUCAGCACUGGUUAAAUCAGGCUGAGAUAAUCAAAGCCAUCAAAGAAGAUGUACCCAUUGGUCAUCCUUUCGCUGGAAAUCUUUCCGUUACUGACAUGAAGCUACACUUUUCGAAUUCAAUUUCCAACACUGAAAGCGGUCGCCGGAUGUCUCAGGCGGUCAGUAACACGGGCAGAGCUAUGGCCGGUGGAAUAACAUCAGCUAAAGGAGCCUUUUCUUCUUGGUUGGAUUCUUUCAAACAACCACCUUUUGAUCCCGAGCAGGCCGUGGAAGUCAUAGAUCCUGGAGCCGUAAUUGUGGCAGAAGAGGCCGUUGAAAAGGCCACUAAUCCUUAAAUAGUGACCUUUUUGCAUAGCAUUCCAUUUCAUAUCCCGAUUUACACCCAAUUCAUUUCUAGUCUGCGAUGAAGCACAAUUAUCAUUAUGAAAUAAUACGUUGAUUUUUAUUCUGAUA